CCCCGCCUGCACUCCGGCUCGCCUCCCCGGGCUCCGCCUCCGCCGCUCGAGGCGCUGCACUCCGGCGAGGCCCGGAGGGCCCGGGACUCCGACGGCGGCUCGGACGCCGACUCGGAGGUGGGUCGGGGGAGCCCGGCUGGGACCGCGGAGGCAGUGGAGGAAGAAAUGGCUGUUCCUAAUCACCUCUGCAUUCGUCGCUGGACUACCAAGCAUGUAGCUGUUUGGCUGAAGGAUGAAGGCUUUUUUGAAUAUGUGGACGUUUUAUGUAAUAAGCACCGACUUGAUGGAAUCACAUUACUAACUUUGACUGAAUAUGAUCUCCGGUCUCCUCCUCUGGAAAUCAAAAUCUUAGGGGACAUUAAAAGGUUAAUGCUCUCAGUCCGAAAAUUGCAGAAAAUACAUAUUGAUGUUUUAGAAGAGAUGGGAUACAACAGUGACAGUCCCAUGGGUUCCAUGGCACCUUUCAUCAGUGCUCUUCAGAGCACAGAGUGGCUCUGUAAUGGGGAGCCUUCACAUGACUGUGAUGGACCCAUCACUGAUUUGAAUUCUGAUCAAUACCAGUACAUGAAUGGUAAAAACAAACAUUCUAUUCGAAGAUUGGACCCAGAGUACUGGAAGACCAUAUUGAGUUGUAUAUAUGUUUUUAUAGUAUUUGGGUUUACAUCUUUCAUUAUGGUAAUAGUCCAUGAGAGAGUGCCUGAUAUGCAGACCUACCCACCACUCCCAGAUAUCUUCUUAGACAGUGUUCCUAGAAUUCCAUGGGCCUUUGCCAUGACAGAAGUAUGUGGCAUGAUUUUGUGCUAUAUUUGGCUCCUGGUUCUUCUUCUUCACAAACACAGGUCAAUACUUCUUCGAAGGCUCUGUAGUCUGAUGGGCACUGUAUUCUUGCUUCGCUGCUUUACCAUGUUUGUGACCUCCCUCUCCGUGCCAGGACAGCACCUGCAGUGUACUGGAAAGAUAUAUGGCAGUGUAUGGGAGAAACUGCACCGGGCCUUUGCCAUUUGGAGUGGCUUUGGGAUGACCCUAACUGGUGUUCACACUUGUGGAGAUUACAUGUUCAGUGGCCACACAGUCGUCCUAACUAUGCUGAAUUUCUUUGUCACUGAAUAUACGCCAAGAAGCUGGAAUUUCUUGCAUACUUUGUCCUGGGUUCUCAACCUCUUUGGAAUCUUCUUCAUUUUGGCUGCCCACGAACAUUAUUCCAUUGAUGUGUUUAUUGCCUUUUAUAUCACGACAAGACUCUUUUUGUACUACCAUACUCUAGCCAAUACUAGAGCAUAUCAGCAGAGUAGGAGAGCAAGAAUUUGGUUUCCCAUGUUUUCUUUUUUUGAAUGCAAUGUUAAUGGUACAGUACCUAAUGAAUAUUGUUGGCCAUUUUCAAAACCAGCAAUAAUGAAAAGAUUAAUUGGAUAAAGUCAAUCUUUGUAAUGGGUUCAUGAUUAAAUAUACAGUAGUUGAAAGUGAAUAACUUUGCUUUCUCCUCCUAAGCUGUUCCUGGAUGCCUUGCUUUUUGGCUUAUAUGUUGACAAAGUGAAGUUUCAUGUUUUGAGCAAGGCUGUGAUUAUAGAAAUCAAGAAAGAGCAGUCAAGAGUCCUUACAUAUUCGUUUGAAUAGGAAGCUUAAGUAGAUGUUUCUGACUCUUCUCUUUUGGCAAAUUUAAUGUUGUGAUUGAAGUCAGGCUGUUACCCUCGCCUGUUGAGUACUUGUAUUGAACUUAAGCAAUUUGCUGGUUGAAAGUGUUUUUGUUUUGUUUUGCUUAACUUCAUUAGGACUCUAGUCAAGAAAUAAUUUUUUUAAGCUCCUCAUUAUCUUCAAAGAAAAACCUCCAUCAAAUGAGCAGUACUUGUUCUUUGAACUAAUCUUUUUAAAAAUGCAACUGUAGAAAGUGAUCUGUAUUACUAACAAAUAAUUUUUGCCUUCUGAACCAUCUUUAAGAAAAGUAUACUGAACAUACCAGGAUGCCUGAAAGAAGAAGAGAAUGGAAGAGGCCGUACAUGAGGUGACAAAGUACAAAUAUAGUACUGGCAUUUUUCUCCAAAGGUGCAACAGAAGAUGCAGUUCUUAUUUUGUUCUGAGGGUUUAGUGUGACCAUCAGUAAGUGUUUAUGAGGGAGAAAUGGCUGCAUCCAUAAUAAUAAAAUUGGCUUAAUUUUAGGUAGGUACCUGGAACAACUUUGUGCUAUAGUUGUUAGCUAGACAUAUGACAGCCCAAUUUUAUGCCUUUAAGUGAUGUUAUUUAAUGAGCAAAAUAGUGGAGUGUUUUACUAAAUGUUAGAUAAAGUUCUAAUGUCCGUGAAUAGGGAGGUAUGCAUGCAAAGAAUAUUUUUUCUGUGAUCGAAAAGAACUUUAUAACAGGUUGCAGGCAUAAUACAACUUUUUGGUUUUUGAAAUUUGUCAUUCUUGGCCAUCAGAAGUGAACAGUGUCAGACAUAUUUGGAUAUGAAAAGGUUUUGUUAUUUUUCAUUUUUAAAUACAAUUGUGUACAUACAUUCUUUCUGUUUGGUCUUAAUUUGGCAGUCAGAAAGUGAUACAACAUAGUUGCUGUUUACAACACUAGAAAUUUAGUACCUUAAGUAAUUUGACCAUUGUGAAAACAUUUGUCACUUUACUUUUUAAUGAUUUUGGUUAAUAGUUAUGACAGUAGAACGGUUAUGGAAUUGGAUUUUGAGCCCCAACUGGUUGAGCUUAGCUACUUGGCAUAUUAAUUGUAUAGUUUUUACAUUCCAUUUUAAAACAAGGAGUUAGAAAAAGUGCUGGCAUAUGAGGUCUAAAAUUAGGCCGCUUAGAAGCCCACUCUAAUGUGGGUGAAAUAUUUUAUUUUUGCACUUUGAGUCAUAUUCCCACCCCUGUAUAAGUUACAGAGGAUCCUGAAUGGAUUGGACAGGAAAAGAAUAUUAUGCAAACAAGUUUCAACCAGUGCUGAAUGACCCCAAUUUGAGUCUACUCUUUUUUUUUGUUUUUGAGUCUACUCUUAACAUUAUUUUUUAUUUCUCACUUGAGAAAUGGUACAAGGCAAUUCUAGUUUUAUUAUGCCUUUAAAUCUAAUACUUUAGAAUCUUAUAAUAUCUUAAAUUGUUGAUUCUAAUAUAUGCAAGGGACAAAAAUGUCAACGUUUCAUCUAAGGAAACUGCAUAAACAUGAGGGAUGUUUCCUGUGCUACCCUAGAGCACUUUGACCCUUGAGAUAAAAAAAAUGUGUAACUGCCAUUCUUUCUAAGGGACAAGUAAGACUGUAUUUAGCUAGGGAGGGACGAGUGUUGGCUUUUGGAAAAAUGUUUGAAAAAAAUCUGUGGCAACAUUAAUUCAAGAAUGUCAGAUAGUAACUUAAUGGUAAAUUUCCUAACAUCAGUGUUCUUUCCUUCAUAUGGAUUCUAUUCUAGAACAAAAUAGAAAAAAAAAAUUGCAACUAACUUUGCAGAGCUAAUGACAUUGAGAGUGCCUAACAGUAGACUGCAAUGAAGAUUAUAAAAUAAGUUUUCAGCUUUGCAUUUAUCAUAUUUGAUUUGAGGUAAAGUUAAGGUAAAUUUACAUUUUAUUGUUAUAACUAAUACAAGGCAGUGUUUACAUAAAUUAAUCAUCUCCAAGUCUCUUUCUUGGAAAACUUUGACACAAAAUUAUUUUCCAUUUCUUUUAAUGUGAAACCUAUAUUUUAGUUGUUUUUUGUUUUGUCCACAAAUUUCCAGAUUUUGUCUUUGUAUUUUUUUUUUCUUGUCAAAGUGUAAACCAUUGGAAGAGUGGUAUUUUUUUUUUUUUUUUUUUUUGGAAGAGUGGUAUUUAUAUUCACAUUUUGGUGUGAAUGUGGCCAGGUAGAAAAGCUCCAUGCCUUAGAUCUAUGUAUUUUUUGACCCUCUCUACAGCUGCAGGCUUAUGAGAGGCUUAUAUCCUUAAAUACUGAGACCUCAGUAUAGAAGGAACCAAGAAGACUUUUGGUUUGGGGAUACAAACUGGAGGUUAUAUUGGAAGUCCUUGAUUCAUUUCUCUAUACUCCUGGGGGCAAUAUAGUCUUUUUAUUCUUUUCUUUUCUUUUCUUUUCUUUUUUCUUUUCUUUUCUUUUCUUUUCUUUUCUUUCUUUUGUCUAUGCAGGACAUUGUUACUGAAGGGUAAUUGAAGUUCACAAGGAGUAGGAGGUUUUGAAGAAGGCAAGUGUGCUGUUAUCACUGAAUAAUUUGGGAGAAAUUAUUUGGCUGUGCUGGAGAAUUCUCAAAUGGCUAUCCUCUCCAUAGUUCUCUAUGGCCAGAAUUGCUAGGGUAAAAAUACAACUUCCAUAUGCUGGGUCUAUUUAGUAGUUUGUUGUUUGUUGUUGUUUGUUUGUUUUUAAUCAGAGAGCAAUGAGAAUACACUUAGAACCAAUCAGCUAAAGAAAUGUGGAUUGUUCAUGAGAAAAAAAUCUGUUGACUGAGAGACCUUCUGGUUGUGUAAGUGGUAUGUUUUCUUACUCUGUACCUGCGUAAGUGUUGUUACUUAGAAUUCCAAAAAUCUUAUAAUUUGUAAACAGAACAGUGAAGCCAAGUCCUCUUAUAGCCAAAAUGAAACAGUCUGUUGGAAAAGUGUUAUUUAUAUAUUCAAAGUCACAUUCAUAACAGUAACCUGCUUUGAGUGUAUUCAGCAAAAGGCAAUGCAUUAUGAGUUUUUUAGUAAACAUUUUUUAAAGAUUCUUAUUCCAAAAUGCUUGAGAACGUUAACCAUAUUCUUGUUUUAAGUUCUGUGAUCUAAUAAACUUAAUUUUUUGGUAGUCUUUUUGUAGACUUAAGUUAUCCCUUACUAAGAUCUAAUAAAUUUAAUUUUUUGGUAGUCUUUUUGUAGACUUAAGUUAUCCCUUACUAAUAGUAAUUACUAUUACUGUAAUUACAGUAAUAGUCCUGUGUCAGUUCUUUCAGGUAUUCAGGCAUUUGAGACAAGAAUAUUCUUUUAUAAUAGUCCAAUAGCUUUCUUAAACAGUAUUGGUUUCUUUUAGAUAGUUUCAAAGCCAACAAAGCAUGUCAGUUUUAAUGCCAUCUUCAUUUGGCAGUUAAAGAUGGUUUGCAUUUGUAAAAAGUGUAGCCUGAAUUAUCCCCAUACCUCUCUAGAGACUUGUUAGUAACAUCAAGUCAGACUGCUUCAGGUGACCAGUGAGAAAAGAGAGAGGUUGAGGGUUUUUCCCUCUUUGUGUUUGAGUGGUUCUGAAUGACUGAAAUUACUGUGAAAGUAGGUUUUGGUCUUCCCUCUCACCUCUCACAUCCAGUAAAUGCUACCAAUUUCAAGUAAAACGUGGCUUAUUACUUUACAUCAAGUUCAGUAAAAAUACCUAUGAAACCUAUAAACCAUAAUUCAGCUACCAGUAAAGGUGUUUUUAGAAUGUGUUCUACCCUAAAUUAGCCAAAGACUUUUUAUUCAGUAUUCCAUGUUAAGCAUAAGGAAGGGGAGAGAGAUGGAAUACUAUGAUCAUUUUAUUAUUUCAAAUGUUUCAGUAUGAAUUACUGGGUUGUCUGAAUGGCAGCCGAGCCAUGUUAAUAAUGUCAUCUUAAAAAUGCUUAAUUUUAAUAAUUUUUUAUCUGGAGAAUCUAUGGAUUGUUAGGACAAUUGAAGUAUUUCUGAUAUGGAACAAAAGAAGAACUGGUACUUAGUGGGGGAGGCAAAAUUAGCUUGGACUAAAGUGGGCAUGUUUUGUUUUAAGAACUCUACCUAAAUGUAACUCUGUCCACAGAGAAACUAGUAUUACUUGAAGAUGUGAAUGUUCCUGUGGUAGCCAUGUCUUGAAGCACAGUGUUGUAUAUAAGUAAAUAUAUUGAUUCUAAAUUAAAUCCAGAUUUAACUAAUAUAUUAUUUUAUAUCUUUGUUGUAUUAAAAUGUUUAAAAACACUAAAAAUAAAACAUUUGAAAGUUGAA